UCCGGGCCGGGAGGCUGAGGCUGGCGCGGCGGGCGCUGGGGGCGCUGCCCCCGAGGCAGUGAUGGGCAAGGAGGAGGAGAUUGCGCGCAUCGCCCGGAGGCUGGACAAGAUGGUGACCAAGAAGAGCGCGGAGGGAGCCAUGGACCUGCUGCGGGAGCUGAAGGCCAUGCCAGUCACGCUGCACCUGCUCCAGUCCACCCGGGUCGGCAUGUCUGUCAACGCCCUGCGGAAACAGAGCUCUGAUGAGGAGGUCAUCGCGCUGGCCAAGUCUCUCAUCAAGUCCUGGAAGAAGCUCCUGGAUGCUUCCGAUGCCAAAGCCAGGGACCGGAGGAGGGGCGGGCCUCUGCCCACUUCAUCCUCGAAGGAGGGCUCCGAGGCCCAGGAUCCCAGCCGCAAGAGGCCGGAGCUGCCCAGGAUGCUGUCAACCCCCAGGAUGACCACGUUCCCCCCGGUGCCGGUCACCUGCGAUGCCGUGCGGAACAAGUGCCGUGAGAUGCUGACGGCGGCCCUGCAGACGGACCAUGACCACGUGGCCGUCAGUGCGGACUGCGAGCACCUGUCCGCCCAGAUAGAGGAGUGCAUCUUCCGCGACGUGGGGAACACUGACAUGAAGUACAAGAACCGUGUGCGGAGCCGCAUCUCCAACCUCAAGGAUGCCAAGAACCCGGACCUGCGGCGGAACGUGCUGUGCGGCACCAUAACACCCCAGCAGAUCGCGGUGAUGACAUCGGAGGAGAUGGCCAGCGACGAGCUGAAGGAGAUCCGCAAGGCGAUGACCAAGGAGGCGAUCCGCGAGCACCAGAUGGCCCGCACGGGCGGCACGCAGACAGACCUGUUCACCUGCGGCAGGUGCAGGAAGAAGAGCUGCACCUACACUCAGGUGCAGACCCGCAGCUCUGACGAGCCCAUGACCACGUUCGUUGUCUGCAACGAGUGUGGGAACCGCUGGAAGUUCUGCUGAGCCCUCCUGCAGCCCUGCAGCCGCACCCUCUGCAGCUUCUCUGAAGACCCGCCCCGUGCCCUCCUGCUGUCCCGGAGGGCAGCAGGCCCCGCCCCCACCACAGCACA